CGUUUCCCGUUGCCCACCCCUACCUGCAAUUUACCCUCAACUUGCACUCUUCUUGAAUUUGCACCCAUUCUUGAUUCUUGCCUAGUCGCUCAACUUUUUUUUCUUUUUCUUUUUCAAUUUCUGUUAAUUAUUUCCAGCUUGUCUUUGGAUAUGAUUCGGCUAGUGUAAACAGGAUGUACAAACACCACUUCAAAAUUAUUCUUUUAUUCCUUUAAUUUGGACAACAUUUGAUGGAUUUGUUGCUGAUCCAGUACCGCCAGUCUUUCUCACUUAUAAAAACCAAGUCAAAGGGCACCACUGAACCAGCAACAAGCAAAGAGGGAAGGGAAGGGAAGCAAACGGUGCCAUUUGUCCGACUGUCGGGAAUAGAGAAGAAAAAGGUAAAAGGAAGAGGACGCAGUUCAUACACCGGACCAGGUUGGUUGGUUAAUUAAUUAGUAAUAAUCAUUUCCAUAACCAACUACGGUUGUCUUCUCUUCUGGCCUACACCCAACUACCAUUAGUGGGAGCUUCACUUAAUAUUAAUCAGCAUUAUUGUUUAAGUAGCGGGGAAAUAGUCAAUAUUAAUCCUGGUUUCAAAUAACGCCAUGGCCAUCUAACUUUUCUAUUUGGUUCUAUUUUGUUGAGUAACCAACGAAGGGGACUCACCUGUCGUUGUGGAAACCAACAUAUACUUUUGUAAAUUAACCGGUUUCAACCAUUCUUGUUCGAAAGAGAUUUAUGUAUGAUAUUUAAUAAUUUCUUUUACACGUCUUCUUGAACUAAAGGCAACACAUGAGAUUGAAGUUUAUACUGGUUCAGUCAUACCAUGUGCUUUAAGACAACGGUUAAUAUUGAGGGUUGUGAGGACUUGAACAUGUGACCCUCAAUGACAACUGAUUUUAAUAACUCGAGAUGUUGAGAGAGAUCUGUGUACGGUACUUAACCACUUCUUUGCACGCACUCUCAAACGAAAAGCCAACUCAUGAGUAUGAAGUUUGCACAUAUACAACCAUACAAUGUGCUUUAAGACAACGGUUAUUAAUAUUGAGAAUCUUAAGAACUUAAACACAUGACCUCAACAACCACAACCAGUAAUGAUAGAUUCAAUAUCACAAACCAACUGAUUUCAAUAACUCGAGUUGUUGAGAGAUUUACAUAACUCCAUAUAUCAUAUUUAAUAACUUUCUUGUACAUAUACACAUCCACCAGAUAAGAGAAACAUUCAAAGAGGAUUGGAUUCGACGUAUGAUGUGAGGACGUCUGCAUAAGCUUCGACUUGCAUUAGUUUACAAUAUAUAUUCCAUGUCCACUUCACCUGCUACAGCUUUAACACACGGUUUUAGAACUAACUAAACAAAAGAUUAAUCCCAUGAUAGAAAAAGUAAUACCAACUCUGAACCAAUUAAACCCCGUAGCCAGCAGAUCAAUUCCACUCUUUCCCGCCAUAUAUAAAUACCAGCAUUCAAUCACUCCUCUCUCAGAACAUCCACACUUCAUAGCAACUACUCGGUCUCUUCUUCAAUCGUCAAGCCUGCUACUCGAUCUCUUCUCUUCCGGUUUAUUGAUUCAUGCACAAUAUGAAGAAGGCUUGCACUAGCCAUGAAUUGUUUGGUGGGAUGCUGUUGCUCUUCUUGACCAUGCUGCUCGUCCCAGCUGUGUACUCUGAUCCGUCUCUCAAAGUGGGCUUCUACAAGCGAUCUUGUCCUGCGGCGGAAUCCAUUGUGAGGAAAACCGUCAGAAGGGCAGUGUCCCGCAAUCCUGGAAUUGGCGGUGGGAUUAUCAGGAUGCAUUUCCAUGACUGCUUUGUCCGGGGUUGUGAUGGUUCCGUGUUGCUGAAAUCGGGGCCAGGUGGUCAGCAAUCAGAGAGGGACCACCCGGCCAACAAUCCGGGGCUGAGAGGAUUCGAAGUAAUCGAGGAAGCCAAGAACAAAAUCGAGUCCCUCUGCCCCAACACCGUCUCCUGCGCCGACAUCCUAGCUUUCGCCGCCAGGGACAGCUCCAAUAAGCUCGGCCGCAUCAACUACGCCGUCCCUGCGGGUCGCCGGGACGGCCGCGUCACCGUCUUCGACGAGGUCACCGAGAACCUCCCUCCACCGACCUCCACCGCCGACCAACUCGUCGCGCAUUUCGCCCGGAAAGGACUGUCGGUCGACGAGAUGGUCACGCUCUCCGGCGCGCAUUCCAUCGGCGCGUCGCACUGCUCGUCGUUCUCGGCCCGCCUCUACUCCUUCAACGGAACGCAUGAUCAGGACCCGUCCCUCGACCGGAAAUUCGCGGCGGCUCUGAAGGCCACGUGCCCCCAGCCGUCGCGAAACGGUGGCGGAGGCCGUGAUCCGUUGGUGCCGCUCGACUCGGCCACGCCCAACCGGCUGGACAAUAAGUACUACGUGGAGCUGACAGCGGGGCGGGGGUUGCUGACGUCGGACCAGACGUUGGUGGAGAAUUCGCUGACGAGCAAGUACGUGGCGGUCAAUGCUAGGUACGGCGCCACGUGGACUGCCAAGUAUGUUAAGGCUAUGUUGAGGAUGGGUUCGAUUGAUGUGUUGACCGGAAGUCAAGGUGAGAUUCGGAGGAGCUGUAGCUUUGUCAACUGAUGGUGGAAUUGGAAGCUUACGAUGGCGAGGAUGGGUUCGAUUAUCACCUUUUUCUGUCUUUCUCAAUUUUCAAAUAUGUGAUUUUUCGCAAUUAUCAUUCUUAAUCCAAGGUGUGUGAUAUGUAACUUGUAAUGAUGUUAGGAUGUCUAGCAAUGUUUAUUUUUCGUGGUAUCAUUCUUCUUUGUUUUUUCAUAGCGUUUGAAAAAAAUAAUUUGGUGUUGAUUUUGUCACAUUGUUAACAUAAUUUGAUAAUUUGAUAAUUAUUUUUACAUACUUAGUAAUACAGACUAUUUUUCUUUGUCGCGUCAAUUAAUUAAUAGUAAUAAUUACAACAUUAUUUUUUUCUCAUACUUCCAAUAAACUUGCAUCCAUGGUUUAAAGGUCAGCCGAUCAACCUCGACUAUCUUAUCUGCCUUAACAUGCUCAAAGUUGCACCUUUUUUUUUACAAGAAUAAACUUUUACUUCACCAUUCGAAUGAAACAUGAAACAGCUUACGAACUCAAUAAAGAUUAGAUCAACAAAAUUAAUCCAAUCAUCUAGAAGCGAAUCUCUGGCCUUCGAUCGCGCAACCCAAUCAGCUUUGAUAUUGAGAUUUCUUGGCACCUCCUUGACCUUAACCCUAUGUUCUUGAAGAGUGGAAAAGGAGGGGAAGGGAAAAAGGGGAAGGAAAGUUGGAAUUCCCAAACAUUUUCCUCCGUUUCCGAAGAGAUGAACAGUGCGAGAGGAAAGAAAAGGGGCUGGAAAAAACACUGUUUCACCCUCCCCUCCAAAUCGGAGGGAAAACACUGAGUGGGCUUAGUUUCUUUUUUAUUUUAUUUGCAUCAUCUCUCUUUUAUCUUUCUUCUUUGUUCUUUUUUCCCCUUUCUUCUUCGUUCUUUCUUUCCACAAAACCCAGAAAAUUCAUCACCUGCAAAAGGAAGAAAAUAAUUGGAAACCAAUUGAAAGUGAAAAAAAGAAUAAAAACGAACCCAGAAAAACAUCUCUCAGUUGAAGCUACUCUGUUGCCCCCACCGUCGUUCGUCGGCGAGGAUGUCGACGGCCGUCACUGGUCAUCUCUUUUCAUCGAUGUAAUUAGGACCUCAAAACAACUAAACUCAAUUAAAAUCAAGAAAAAUACAGAAAAUAAAAGAAAAGAUACAUGCAUGCCUUGAUCUUACCUGAAUCGAUGCUCUACUUUUUGGAUUGGGUUAACCCAAAUCGUUUUGUAGGCCGAGAGAGGGAGAGGAAGAAGAAAGAGUGGGAGAAAAGGGAUCUCUGUACAUGCAGAAAAAAAAUAAGAACAGAACAGGUCUAGGAAUUGUUUUUUUCGAUUACAAGAGACAAGAGAGCGCCAUGGUGAAGGGACUAGGGAGUAGGAAAGAGUAACGGGUUUAUGGGGUUAUUUUUUAAUUGAGUGGAGAGAAAGCAGGUGGUCAGAUUAAUAGGAUGGAGUAAAUUUGGUGACAAUUUAAUUGAGAUUGGUAGGGGAAAUUAGGGUAGUAUUUGGUCGUUUAAUUGGAAAGAGCAAGGCAUUUAUUAAUUGAAUAAGUAAUUUGCAUAUUU